CGGUCAUUGACCUGUGGCUACAUCGUGGCAUCAAAGAGGUGUUUUCGAACCAAGAGGCCUUCAGUCUAGGUCCGGUGUCAGGCGUGGUCGGCACGUCCAGGACCGACAAGGGAGUGCACGCGCGCUCACACCUUUGCUCUCUGAAUGUGCACGUCUUUCCCGCAAGGCCUGGCUUGGCGUUUAACCUCGAGACGUUGGCUAAAGCGUUUGCCGGAGUGGAUGGAGUAGCCGUGGAGGAGAAGGAGUCGAGCGACUCAGUAGCCUCUCCUAAAGAGGAAGAAGAAGGCUUACUGCGAAAACUAGAACGCAGGCUAAAAGCGACUGCACCGAAAGAUGUAUGGUUGAAUGGAGUGCCUAGUCUGUGUCGGAGUUUUACAGGCAAGGAUGAAGCCGACGAUGCGCAGGACACCAGCAACGAAGUUGAUGCUCAAACUACGACCACGAAGGAGUAUCGCUAUUUUAUCAAAGUUCCUGAUGGUCGGAACGGCUCAGCCUCGAAGAAAGUCUCAGAUUCUAGAGGAUGCUGGGCAUGGCCGCAGAGCGCUUCAAGAUUUUCUCUAAGUCUAGACAAAGCAAACGCAGCAGCACAAAGUCUACGUGGUACUCGCGACUUUGCUCUUUUUUCGACCCGUUGCGACAACCUGCCUGAGUCUGGUCGAGUGCGGACUUUGUUGACUGCAACAGUCAAAGAAAGUUCUGAAGCACAGUUGCCGCGACUGCUUGUCCAGAUAGAAGAAGAAGGAGAAGAUCACAUACCUUCUAUCACUCGGCACAUUCUCGAGAAGCCACAGAAACAAGUACCAGACGCUACAAAUACUGCUUCUCAACACAUGCAACAAGAGCAGUGCCCCUCACCAGCCUCUACCUGUUCCACAGAAAGCUCUGUUGUCCAGCCUCGUGGGGGUUGUAACGAAGUUGAGUCCGCUAGCUCUAAGCCUUUAUUCUACGAGUUCCGUUUCACAGCCGAUGGUUUCCUACGGCACAUGGUCAGACGAUUGGUUGGUCAUAUUAUAGAGGAAUCGUUGGAGAUAGAGAUUGGUGCUGAACAUGAUGAGAGUGUUGCUACGGAAACCAGUAGAGACGAACUGCUAUGGCGUCUUUUUCACGCAGAGGAUACAAGGGAAUAUAAGAAGCCUGAAAACCAUACGAAAAAACCGGAACGAGCUCCACCACAAGGGUUGUGGUUAUGGGCUGCGAGAGCUCGUGGUGAUGUUGCUUCUGCUUGACAAAUGAUGACUCCCUGUAGUCCCUGUUCUUUUCACGAACCUAAUUUUUCCUCACUCCCUGAACCCGCCUCUCACUUUACUGAUAAAGAACAUAUCGACGACAAUGUGUCGCAAAGGAAU